AUGCACCGUCUUAUUUCCCAGGCUCUUGCCUUCUUCCGAAGGAAAGCUGAUUCGGAGGUAGAGAGGGCACAGCAUCAGAGGCUCUUGGAAGACGAUACCAGGCAUAAAACUGUGCAGGGAGUUGUGACAAAGUUCUGUAGUGAUUAUGGCUGGAUUGAUGAGUCAAUCUACUACUUCAGUACUGAUGUGACUGAAAAUAUUUUGCCUGUGAAAGCUGGACAAAAGGUUACUGCAGUUGUGGAAGAAGAUAAAACAUCUCAUGGAUUGAAAGCAAUCAAAAUGGAUGCUUUCUCUGAUAAAUGUCAUAUUGAUGGACCACCAGACUCCUGUAAACAAGUUUCAUUUGGCUGUAUUACCACUCUAAUGGGUGGUUCUGACUACAUUAAUCACACAAUUUACUUCUCCCUAGAUGUUUUCUGUAAAAGGGGGAACGCCAUCCUCCGGGAAGACUUGGCCAAGCGGGAGCUCGUGAUCGCCUCGGCAGACACGACCAAGAGACAGAUCCAGGAGGAGAGUGAGGACGACGCAAGGUUUGUACAUGGAGGCCUUGGCCCUCCACCUUCCAACAUCAUGGAGUACCUUUUUGGCCCCCCCUGCGAAUGCAAGGGAGGAUCUUGGACUCAGGCUCCCACUAGUUGGACCCAGACUGCUGACUGCUUGACUAAGGUGGCUUACCUCCGUGCCGAGGUUGACCAUCAGCCUGAAUGGGUCUUAGAUUUUGAGCCAUAUAAGGGUGACCGAGUAGAAGUUGAAUUUGCCAUCCAUCCAGACACAAAGAGCAGGAAAGCCCUCUCAGUGAAGCCUCUGAGACACAAACAUGUGAACAAGGUCUGCAUUAGCAGUGUACAUGGGCGACAUGGUGUGGUGGACGACACCAUCUUUUUCACUUUGGAUUCUCUGAAGCUUCCUGCCGGUUACGUACCUCAACCAAAUGAUAUGGUUGACGUGGUCAUAGUAGAGAGCGUUCAGGCCUGCUAUAUUUGGAGAGCAGUUUCUAUGACCCCUGUGCACAUAUUGUAA